AUGUAUACGAUAUGUCUACAGCAUCAAGGGGAGAGCGCAGGGGCCUCUCCCUCACCUCAUCGCUUCUUACCAGCAGCAGCAGCAGCAGCAGCAGCGGCAGCAGCAGCGAUCGGCCAGCAGCAGCAGCAGCAGCAGCAACACCAGCAGCAGCAGCCGCAGCAUUGCCGCCACCAUCAGCAGCAGCUGCAGCAACUUCGGGGGCAGCAGCAGCAGCAACACGAACGCUCCUGGCUACACCAACAGAAGCAGCAGCAGCAGCAACAACAGCAGCAGCAGCAACAAAAACAGCAGCAGCAGCAGCAUCACCUUCCUGUGCAUCACCAUCAUCAGUUGCAGCAGCAGCAGCACGACAACAACCCGCAGCAGCAACUCCAGCAAGAUAUGUCUACAGCAUCAAGGGGGGAGCGCAGGGGCCUCUCCCUCACCUCAUCGCUUCUUAGCAGCAGCAGCAGCAGCAGCAGCAGCAGCGGCAGCAGCAGCGAUCGGUCAGCAGCAGCAGCAGCAGCAGCAUUGCCGCCACCAUCAGCAGCAGCUGCAGCAACUUCGGGGGCAGCAGCAACAGCAGCAGCACGAACGAUCCUGGCUACACCAACAGAUGCAGCAGCAGCAGCAACAACAGCAACAGCAGCAACAACAACAGCAGCAGCAGCAGCAGCAUCCCCUACCUGUGCAUCACCAUCAUCAGUUGCAGCAGCAGCAGCACGACAACAACCCGCAGCAGCAACUCCAGCAGCAGCAGAACCAGCAGCAGCGCCAGCAGCAGCAGCAGCAGCAGCAGCAGCAGGUGGCAUCCGCCUGGGUGUGUUGCUGCUAGCAGGGGGCCUCGGGCGCCGCUGUGGGGGCCCCCAACCGAAGCAGUUUCGUUUGCUGCUGCAGGGGGCGGAUGCUGCUUCUAUCUCAGCAGCAAAGCUCUUGUCUUUCAUCAGCAGCAGCAGCAGCAGCAGCAGCAGCAGCAGCAGCAGCAGCAGCAGCAGCAGCAGCAACGCAGGAUGCAGCAACAACAUGGGGGCCCCAGGGGGCCCCCACGUCAUGGUUCUGCUGGUACCCCCCAAAUACAGACACAGAUUCUACCCUCUAUUUAAGAGAUUUCAGCAGCAGCAGCAGCAGCAGCAGCAACAGCAGCAGCAGCAGCAGCAGCAACAGCAGCAGCAGCAGCAGCAGCAAGUAUGUGAAUUCAUAUUCGCAGAGCCAGGAGGUGAGCGCUUUGAGUCGGUGUGGCUCGGCCUAGAAGCCUUGUGCAUGCAUCUUAUACAGCAGCAGCAGCAGCAGCAGCAGCAGCAGCAGCAGCAGCAAGGGGAGCAGCAGCAGCAGGAGCCGCAGCAGCAGCAGCAGCAGCAGCAGCAGCAGCAGCAGCAGCAGCAGCAGCUCGGUGGUAGCGCCAACACGCCGGAAGCCCGCAGACAGCGAGCGCUUUACUUCCUGCAUGCUCUCACGCAGCAGCAGCAGCAGCAGCAGCAGCAGAACCAGCAGCAGCAACAACCAGAGCAGCAGCAGCAGCAGCAGCAGCAGCAGCAGCCAAGCAAUGUGUAUGUAGUGGUGCAUGACGCUGCCCGGCAGCAGCAGCAGCAGGAGCCGCAGCAGCAGCAGCAGCACCAGCAGCAGCAGCAGCUCGGUGGUAGCGCCAACACACCUGCAGCCCGCAGACAGCGAGCGCUUUACUUCCUGCAUGCUCUCACGCAGCAGCAGCAGCAGCAGCAGCAACAGCAGCAGCUGCUGCAGCAGAACGAACGGCAGCAACAACCAGAGCAGCAGCAGCAGCAGCAGCAGCAGCAGCAGCCAAGCAAUGUGUAUGUGGUGGUGCAUGACGCUGCCCGUCCGUGCAUGUCUGUAGCAGCAGCAGCUGCUGCAGUUGCUGCUGCAGCAGCAGGCGGUGCUGCUGCUCUGUGUGGCGCAGCAGCAGACACAAUAAAGCUAGGCAGCCCCCAGGCUGGGGUGUAUGUACACCUGCAGCGGAGUGAAACUCUUGUUGCACAGACACCGCAGGUGGUGAGACUGGAUUUGCUGCUGCAGGCGUACGCAGAGUUAUUCGCGCUGCAGCAGGAGCAGCAGCAGCUGCAGCAACAGCUGCAGCAGCUGCAGCAGCAGCAGCAACCGUUGUUGGAGCAGCACAAAGACUACUCCAAGCAGCAGCAGCAACAGGAGCAGCAGCAACAGCAGCAGCAGCAGCUGCAGCAGCUGCUGCUGCUGCAGCGGCGGAUUCAGAACAUAGAAUAUACCCUCCAGGGCAUAACAGACGAUGUGUCUUUGCUGCAGCUGCUGCCUGCAGCAGCAGCAACAGCAGCAGCAGCAACAACAGAAACAACUGCAGCAGGUCCUGAAAGAGCAGAGCACCGACCAAGUCUCGCAGCAGCAGCAGCAGCAGCAGCAGCAGCAGCAGCAGGAGCAGCAGCAGCAGCAGCAGCUCCACCACCGCCAAACGGUGUACAUACAGCUGUGGUGCUGCAGACAACCGGAGACAAUAUGAAGAUAACGAGGCCGCACGACAUUGCUACUGCUGCUGCUCUGCUGCAGCAAGAAGCACAAACCCCGCAGGCUGCUCCCUGGCUGAGUCUGUUGGGGCUACACAGCAGCAGCAGCAGCAGCAGCAGCAGCAAGAGCAGCAGCAGCGGCAGCAGCAGCUCUUGA